AUGGGGAGUGUUGAUCGAGAUGAUAAUCGGAUUUUUGAGGCGAAUUUCACUAACGAUGGUGCGAAGAAGUUGGGAGAAAUUGUGAAGGAGAAGCUUAAGGAAUUCAUGGGUGAAUACUCAGAUGAUACUUUUGUGGAAUAUGUUAUUGUGUUAUUGAGGAAUGGUAAGAGUAAAGAACAAGCAAAGAGUGAGUUGGAUGUUUUUUUGGCAGAUAAAAGUGAUGCUUUCGUGUGCUGGUUGUGGGAUCAUCUACAUUUGAAUUUAGCUUUGUAUGUGAAACCGAAAAAAUUGCAGGAUGAAGCUCCCAGAAGGAAGCUUACAUCGGAAAUUGAAGCUGCGGUUGAUUCAAAUUCAAAAUUAGAAAGAGGAAAUUCUAAUAAGUUUUCUAGAACUCGGCGUAACAAAGAUUGGAAAGGUUUGGUGAGGGGAGAAGCUGAAGCACGGGCACCUACUAUCAGCAGCUCCAAGGUUAAUAUUGCUCAUUUAGAUGAAAAGGUCUGCCGAAAAUUUAACCAUGGUCCAAGGUCACCAUCUCCUAAACCUGAAUCCACUGGUCAGAGGAAAAGGGACAGAACUGAUGAAAAACAUAGGACAAAGCGGGAUGUUGCCUCACAAGUAAAUGGUGCAGCUUCUCGACGUCUGCUUCAGUUUGCAGUUCGAGAUGCAGUGGGUACUUCAAGGACAUCAAAUCUUGGCAAAUCAAUGGAGCCUUCCUUAAAACGUCUUCGAUCUGUAGUUUCUACAUCCUCCGGUGAUUCAUCUCUGGUUGAACAUUAUCAGCAUGUGCAGCCCACUGCCAGGGUGCCAAAUGCAAUGACUACAGUGAUUAAGGCUGUGGCGGAAGCUGCAGAGGAUGUGAAGUCCAAAUCCUCAGGAAGUGUAUUUGAUAGACUUGGUUGUGGUAUGGAUUCAUCAGCUGAUAACAGCCAACUUGAUUAUCAACAGCAGGAGAAAAGUCAAUCGAUGCAUCUUCAACGAACUGAUUACGAUGGGCAAUUUGCUGCACAUACAACUAUGAUUGAACAUGAAACUGGUUUUCCCUCUGAUUCUAAUUCAGAUAAUGAUUCUAAUUCAGAUAAUGAAGGGUGUCAUGAUUUAAAUGUCAUAGGCCAUGCGGUGACUGGAACUUCUCAGAUCAGAUCCUCUGUUGGAAACAGGGGCAACGAUUCACUCAUGGAGCAGUAUAGUGUAGCAAAAAAUGCUGGCGAUAGUUUGUGUCUAAAUCAGAAUCCAGAACAGGACCAAUCUGCUUCUGCACGUAACACUUCCCGUAAAAUAGUGAAUAUUUCUGUUAAUGUAAAUACUUGGAAGCCGGAGCAGUAUCAGGAACCAAGAGUGAUUGCAGAAUUUAAUGGUCAUAAAACUUUAGGCAAUGAAACUGGAGGUCCCAGAUCUAACAUGCAACCGGUGAAGGAGAAUACACAAGCGAUGAAAAUUAGUAAUGGAAAUGUAAACAUUGCUCCUGAUCUUCAGAAAGAGUCUAUCAAGGCACACUGUACUACUGAUGUAGAUCUGAUUGCAUCUUGUGCAUUCUCAGGUUCUAGUAUUGCCGGUCGUCCUUUAGAAGAUGUGGAUUCCAGAACCAUUUUUGUUAGCAAUGUUCAUUUUGCUGCUACUAAAGAUGGCUUGUCUCGGCAUUUUAAUAAAUUUGGGGAAGUGUUGAAAGUGAUCAUAGUCACUGAUGCUGCAACUGGGCAGCCAAAAGGGGCAGCGUUGGUUGAAUUCAUGCUAAUAGAAGCAGCAGAUAAUGCACUAUCUCUAGAUGGCACUUCUUUCAUGUCACGAAUUCUAAAGGUUGUAAAGAAAAGUGCCGCCCCUCAAGAAUCUGCUCCAACCACAACAUGGCCACGAGUUGUUAGGGGAUCUUCAUUUCCUACUGCUAGGUUUCCCAGACCACCCUUUGCAAGAGGUAUGCCUGGUUCAUUUAGACCUCGCCCCCCAAUGAAACUGGGUGCAAGGAGCAUGCAAUGGAAGCGAGGUGCUCAGACUAAUCCAGUGGACAAUGCUUCAUCAGUGAACACCGGCAAUUUUACCAUGCCUGCUACUCGCGGUCUCACCUACGUUAGAACACAAUCUAAGCCAGAAGGCUUGGGUACGGGUACAUCAUAA